AUGAUUAGACUUUGGCAUGAUGGUAAUAUUCAUAAUCCACCAGGAGGUGCCUCUACAAUUUUUAAUGAAGGGUACGCCAACUACAUUUUUAAAUGUAUUCCUAAAGAUGUUGUAAGAAUAAGCGUGGGUGCAGUGCCGAAUAGUCCACCUCACUUUGGUACAAUAAUUACCUUUUCACUUGCUUUUUCUCUUGCUCAACGAUUAGAAAAACUUGGUAAAAUUGUGACAGUUAUGGCUGGAAUGGUGGACACAAUAGCUUUAGACACAGAUAAAUAUAAUUUUAAUGAUGUUGAAUACCAAAAAAGCAUUGCUUAUACUGGAGUAAUUCAUAAUUACAUAGAUGAUUUCAAAGAAUUACUAGAUAAAUUGAGCUCUUAUUUCGGUGGCGUGAAUUAUAAACUGGUGAAUCAAAGUGAAUUAAAUUUACACAGGAAGGCUCCGGAAAUAAUUAUGAAAUUAAUAAGUGAGCGAGAAAAACUUGGACAAUCAUUAUUUCCCUCAACAAAGUGUCUCGCAUUAAGGAUGGCUUGUCCGCAAUGUGGUUUGGCAGACAAAUAUGGAAUAAAAAAUUGUUAUAAUGGUAAUAUAAUUAACUUUUUUUGCCCUAAUCAUGGCUGGUAUUCAAUUGAUAUAGAAAAAGACGAUUUGCAAACAUUGCAGUAUGAAACUCAAUUAAGAAGUUUAGUGAGAGGUUUAUUAUACACUGAGGAUAAUAAAGACAAAGAUGUUCCUUAUUCUUGGUUACGAGUUACUGGUGGUGACUUUGCUGGUUUUUAUCAAGAGCAGCUUUUUUAUAGGGUAAUUGCGAUGAUGGGCAUUGAUAUUAUUAAUUCACCACUUAUUGUUUAUAGCCCCUUAGUAAUUGAUUGGGCAGGGGUUAAAUUAUCAAAGUCAAUCCUUGUUAAAGGAGGCUACAAAUAUUUGACUGAGCAGGGAUUAGAUUAUUUUAUUCAUUAUAGAAAAUUUAAGGAAAAAUUUGAUGGAAAAGGAUUAGAAAUUUUAUUUGAUGAAGUAAAUCUAUGGCUGGAUGAACCACAUAAACUAUUUAGAAGUUACACUAUUUUUUAUUUUGAUGAAUUAUUGAGAGCAAAAAUUGGAUCUAUUGUAUUAUAA